CUCAGACUUUAUUGCUUACGGUAGUCACAACACGGAUAUAGACAAUACUGUCAUAGAAACCAUAGAUAACAGGGGAAAUAAACAAAAAAAUGGGCUGAUAAAUGACAAUCUUUUAUUGUGUGUUUGGAAAAAAAUUAAGAAAAUGUGUUUCAGGAAUGUGUUCUUAAUUACAACAGGUAGUUAUAAUUUAUGCCAGAGGAAAAAAUUUAAAAUAUGAUAUAACCAAAGCUCGGGUGUAUUUCGCGAAAGUAAAAUUAAAUAAAUUUUGUUUUUGUCACAGGGAGAAUGUCAGGACACAAUGUCAAGCGGCUUGAUUUCCUGCGCCUGGACACUGAUGGCUACGCACAGAUCGCAGAGCUCGGUGCAGGCGACGUAUUUGGUCUGGAAACGCUGGUGAGGCGCAAGUGCCCCAGGGUCAGCGUGGUCAGCGAGGGGGCGGAGGUCAUCUUCAUCUCCAAGAAGCUCUUCUUACAGGAGGCUAACAUCCGGGUCCUGCGAAUCGUCAACGACAUGAUGAUUCACUAUCCCAGCGCCACCGAUAUCCACGAGCAGCUGGAGGAUCAGCGGAAGUGGAGUCGCUUCAAGCAUGCGCAGGUGCAGCGUGUGCUGACGAGGGCGGGGCGGCGGAAGGACACGCCUCUUUGCGUCCGCAGUAGCUCAUAGGUCAGCACGACUCGCAGCUGGUAGUUCGAUGA